AUGGCUGUCAUUAACGCCUACGUGAUCAUGAUUAUGAUUUUUAUCUAUCUCGUUUCCACGCUUCUCCGCAGUUGCUUGGACAUCAUGAGGAAGCCCUCUCCAAAUCCUGGUCCAGAAUCCGUCCAGGUGCUCGUGUAUCGAAUUCCGAGUGGCGAAGGGGCACCCCACCCCGUGCGGCUUCCAACCACGAGCGAGCCCGUUGCCGUUUACCCCGGUGCAUUCCCCGCACACAUCCCGGACGUCUUCAGAUACUGGACGCUCAGAGGAGUGGACCGUCUGCUAUACCGGGAUUGGACAGUCACCCAGCUGAAAAGCUACCCGAUUGAAAAUGAUGACGGGCUGUACAUGACCAUCUAUUGCUGGGGCACAGAAUCAGGCAUGCGGCAGAAUCAUAAUGUUCCGAAGAUCCUACGACCGAUCGAGGUGAUGUAUGGGGAUGUGUUUAUUGCGAAGCUCAGUCAUCGGCAAUGUGGAUGCUCGGGUCAUGGGUGGGCGGAGUAUGCAGAUGUUCAACAGUAUUAUCUGCAGCGGGUUUUUGAGAAGGACAGGGUGAUGGCGAGGGUGGAACAGGAGAUGAAGAACGAGUGGGGUAUCCGACGAGCUGGGAGGUACAAAUCUACUGCCCAGAGCACCUGA